CUAACAAUCAAACAAUUAUAUAUGACAUCCCACGGUUGUAGCAUUCCUUAAAAAAUAUUUAUGACUUCAAAACUGUGUGUAGUUUUGAAUAGGUACACCUGCUAAUAUCAACAUGUAUUAUUAUUUUCAUAAUCACAUUCUUGAGAGAUAAAGACUGACUUUAUACAUGUUACAUCGAAACCGUAUUUCUGCGCACUGCCUCUCGCGUUUCCUCUCACCAAUUUUUAUCGCCUUCUCCCUCACCGGUCUCCCUCUAUCUGUUUGUAUGUGUGUGUUUAAGAGGGUAGGGUGUUGAAGCAGAAACAAGGAGGGAGAAGACUUCGUUCGCUACAUGUCUUGUCUGUGGUCUCUCUUGCAGAGCUAGUGGCUUUGUCAGAAGUUUCUUAAGAUUAACGAGUUCACUUUGACAAUGACUGCGUCGUUACAGUAAGACAUAAAUGCCGGGCGACCAGGUAAUUUGUGAGGCUUUGGAUCAAUGACGGAGAAAACACGCGCGCCCACACAUGUACGCGCACACACACACGCACCUACAUGCACGCGAACACACAAACUCACUAACAGGCUCUUAAACUGACUACUAUACUAUUGCUACUGAGUAAACUGCCCCAAAAUGUGUAAAUAAAGCAGUGUAGACCCUACCCCCAGAACGAGGCGUUACCCUCCGACUUUUUCCAUCAAUCACAGAGGACAGUGGCUUCUUUUGAUUAAACCUCAAAUUGUCAUUGGGCAGAGGUAAUCAUGUGACAAGCAAUACGGUCCAAUUUCAACCUUGUCUCGGUGAACGCAAUAUAGUUUAAUGGCAUCGCAGUCCCCAUACGGCGGUAAUCAGUAAAAUAGUUUUUUUUUUAAACACACACACAAAAAAAACAUUUGUCACGAUAUUUCAUUAUUUCCUCCUCGCCCACAAAAUUGCGACUGGUGACUUUUCCAAGACAAGGGGAGAGGAGAUGAAUUACGAAUUUGAGCGAGAGAGCGGUUUUAUCAAUAGUCAGCCGUCGCUUGCUGAGUGUCUGACAUCUUUUACCCCUGUCGGUGAUGCAUUUCAAAGUUCAUCAAUCAAGAACUCGACGCUUUCACAGUCGACACUGAUUCCUCCUCCUUUUGAGCAGACCAUUCCCAGCCUCAAUCCGGGCAGCUACCCACGCCACAACCGGUCAAAGCAGAGUCUGAAUGGAGUCUGUAGCCCUCUGCCAGCCGCAUCCCUACCCCCGGAGUACCCCUGGAUGAAAGAGAAGAAAGCCUCCAAGAAAAACCAUCAGACAACUGCCACAUCUACAUCUCCAGACACUGCACCACUCUACUUCUCUCCCCAAGGGUCGCCUGAGAUAGAAGAGAGUGGUGGCGGUGGUUCUCGGAGGCUGAGGACAGCAUACACCAACACACAGCUACUGGAGUUGGAGAAGGAGUUUCACUUCAACAAAUAUCUGUGCAGACCACGGCGGGUAGAGAUAGCCGCUUUACUGGACCUAACCGAGAGACAGGUGAAAGUCUGGUUCCAGAACCGGAGAAUGAAGCACAAAAGGCAAACUCACUGCAAGGAGAACCAAAACUGCGAGGGUACAUUUACUAGUUUGGAGGAUGGUGACGAGGACAACUUUGAGCACGUUCCCACCGGCGCGCUUUUGGAGAGGGACAGCUAUUCGUUUCACCAAAAUACCUUAACUUCACAACAGCCUCAGAAUGCUCACAAUCACAAUGGAGAUUCCCAAAGCUUGACUGUUUCGACUUUAAACAGCAAUGACAAAAAUCUGAAGCAUUUUCCAAACCCGUCACCCACUGUUCCCAUCGGCGUGUCAACAAUAGGCCCGGACUGCGCAUCUGGCGCGGACAAUGGCAAUCCCCCAGCCCUGGACGUCUCUUUGCAGGACUUCCACGUUUUCUCAUCGGAUUCCUUCUCUCCAAGUUUGUCAGAUUCUAUAGAUAGUCCAAUGGGUUUAUCCAGUGAAGGUUUCGAUUUUUUCUCAGAAACGCUGACAACAAUCGACUUGCAACAUUUAAGCUAUUAACUAUUCUAAAAGAAGGGGAAGAGUUUUCUGUGGCCAUCACAAAUAAUUGACUUCCGUUUUUUAUUAUUUUGAUUUAAUAGAUUUAUUAAUAAAGGCUCAAAUUAGGUAAGUUUGAAAAUAAUACAAUUUAACCAGUUGAGUAGCAUAGUUUUUUUUUUUUUUUAUGCCAAUGUUAGACAUAUAAGAGGAAACCACAUUUUAAAAUUUUAUUUUGGUAACAUAU